UUCUGAUGGAGUGAGUGUGAGUCCACUCCCCGACCCAACUAGACGGGGCUCUCUCUCGCCCUGUCGUUGCGCCGCCGCCGCCGCCAUAGGGCCUCCUCUCCACCUGCAUUGCCGCGCGCUCGCCGUGGGUGGCGCGCCGCUCGGCCCACGCUCGCUCGCUCGGUGCAGGAUAGAUGUCGCAGGCCUCGUCCGCCCGCAGCAGGAGGUCCAGCGCUGUUGCUAGGGUUUUGCCAGCGCCGACGGUGGAUCAUGUCACGGGGUUGCUGUUGAUCCAUUGCCCGGAGUGAGGCUCAUCGCGCUCACCGUCAAGCACACCAAAAAUCGCGGCAAGAGAUUCUUCAAGUGCCCCAGGAACAGGCAAUGGGUGCCAGGAUCAUGCCCAAUUUGUAUGUUGCAGCCACAGUAUGAGGAGUACCUAAUGAAGAAUAGAAUUUUUCAUGCCAUACCUGUCCCGCUGGAAGCAAAUCAUCCCAAGUUGGGAAUGGAAGCAAAUCAUCUCAAGUUGGGAAUGAAAGAGGUGAUGGAGUUGACUAGCCCAUUUUCACUGGAAAGUUCACUGAAGUUGAAGAACCUAUUUGAAUACUGGGAGACCUGGGAUGCAUCAGUUGCUCUUGAAUUAGAUCGGACCGCAGAACUAAGUGCUGGAGUAGAAAUACCAAGAAUUGGAGCAAUACCAACUCCGCUGAUGGCCCGGAUAUCAUUUCUGUCUGGGGACUGGUGGAAGUCCUCACUCAAAGAGCACCUUAUGGGCGUUUCUGUUGGCUUGCUCUCCACCAUGAACCAUAACCUUGCCUACAACCUGACAUGGAGAACCUUAAAAGAUCCAGCACGGAUGUCAUCCAACUCCAUACAAGAGCAGUUAGGGCAUAGCCUUUUGCCCUCCAUUAAGUAUGCGUACAAGGUUGACAAGAGGGACUCAACCAUAAGGCCUACAUGUGGAUAUGCUUUUCUGUCAUCUUCCCAAGUUGGAGCCCUUGCACCAGGGAGCAAAUACCCGUGGUAUCUUCGACAGGAAGUUGAUCUUCAAGUGGCUUUGCCGCUUGGUGUGUUGAAUGGUGCUCUCAAUGCUGGAGUGGCUGCAGGAAUCAUCCAUCCGUUUUUAAGGGGAUCCACGGGAUCUGUCUUGCCACUUUCAGAAAGGUUUUACUUGGGUGGUCACAGGUCUUUUGUUUGCCGCUUGGGUGGGCCAUCAUCACUCUCAGGCUUCAAAGCAAGAGAUCUGGAGCCGAGAGACUUCCGGACCUGUGACCCCAAUAAUUCUGAGAAUGGUGCUUCCACUUGUACUGAGCUAGAUGGGGGAGGUGACAUAGCAGUCACAGCCUUUGCUGAUCUAUCAUUUGAUCUGCCUCUGAAGUCGGUCCUGGACCAGGAGCUGGGAGUUCACGGCCAUGCAUUUGUUUCUGCUGCAAAUAUUGCUAAACUAACAGAGCAUGGUCCUAGGAAGUUUCCUCUUACUGACUUCCUACAAACAUUCAGAUGUUCUGUGGGAUUUGGUGUACUUGUGCCAACCGAACUGUUUCGCAUAGAGAUGAAUUGCUGCUACAUCCUAAAACAGUUUGGACAUGACUGGGGGAAGACAGGCAUACAGUUUAACUGCUCACCACCCUAAUUUCUUUGGCAGCAUCAUCUCAUUAAGAUGAAUAGUUUCAUCCUUUUCCCUCACUAAUCUGAUCUUUUGAUGGGGGAGCCUGUCUAGAAUGAUGGAAUGACGUCCAAGGAUCUCUAUGAAUAAUCUAACAGUAGCCAGGGACUAACUGUUGCUGCGAAGCUACCUCAUUUCUGGGAUGUUUCUCUGUAGAAGAAGUAGGGACGGCUGAUGCAAAUCCUGAAAUGCCAACAUUGCAUUAUGCAGAGAGGUUGGCUCUCGCGUUUGAAGAUGUGAGAAUGGCUAGCUGGGACUUGCCAAGUUCUGGUAUGCUAUGGCAUGCUGAACAAAUGUUGCGGUGAUGAAUGUGUUGCAGAUUGUCCUGGUGAAUGUGUUGCAGAUUGUCCUGAACGCAUGCGAAGUAAUAGGAUGUGUUUUUUGCUAACUAGUCUUGUCAUAUGCACAUGAAUCGCCUUCAGCCAUUGUGGAACUGUUGUGCGCUUUCGCAUGGGUGUUGGUGAUCCGAAAAUGAUAUGAAUAUUGAUCGAGUUAAUGAACAUCCUAUUUCUGCAGGUGCAAUCCGAUCCCAAAGGGAAGGCAUCGUUUUUUUUCUGCAGGUGCAGAUGACUAGGUGAGGUCUGACAAAGAUAGAUGCCUGCUGGGAAUCCAAGGUAUUAUACUGAAAAGCAGUUGAGUUAAUUACAAGACCGAUGAAGCACCACUGAUCUAUCUAGUCUUUUUACAGCAAUCAUGCAUCAUUGACGCGAUCGCAUGCGACUAAUUCUACUUCAAUAACUUGUGGUGUACGUGAUCGAUGUAUAAUUUGAUUCAACAGGCUUACUAAUUAUAUGCAGCGAAUGAAUUCUCCA